AUGAACCACAGCUACUCCUUGGGCUCCGGGAGCCUGGAGCGCCCCUGCGACGCCUCACCUGCCGAGGAAACUGCCAAUCAUUCCACGGAAUUCCCAGUCACCCGGGAACAGCUGAACCACUACCGAGAUGUGGCUGAAAACGCUCAAAGUGAACUUGCAGCAACUUUGGUCAAAUUUGAAUGCGCUCAGUCUGAGCUUCGAGAGCUCCGCUCCAAGAUGCUCUCUAAAGAAGUUUGCUGUCAAGAGCUGAAGGCUGAAAUGGAGGGCUACAAAGAAAACAGUGCCCGAAAAUCGUCUCUUCUCGUCUCUUUGAGGGGCAGAGUGCAGGACCUCCAAGAGGAAUCGGCAGCUCUUUCUGCUUCUAAAAUCCGAGCAGAGAUCUCUGCUCACACCACGAUGAAGGAGAAUCAGGAACUAAUGAAGAAAGUCCUAGAACUGGAUGAAAAAUUACAAAACUGUUCAAAGGAAAAUGAGGAGGCUAAGAAACAAGGCUCAGAGAAUCUCCAGAGACAUGAGGAAUUUCGGACUCGACUUCGUGACUGCUUGAGCCUAGACAAGAAACACGAGGAAGCAAAUGAUGAAGAUUUCAUUUUAAAGCUUAGAGAGCUGUGCAAGGAAAACACAUUCCUGAAAGGACAAAUCAGUACUCUUGAAGAGACUAUAAAUGUCCAUGAGAUGGAGGCAAAAGCUAACAGAGAAACGAUCAUGAGGCUGGCGGCGGAAGUCAGCAGGGAGCAGAAAAGAGCUGCCUCCUGGGCCCUGGAGAAAGACAAGCUGAAUCAGGACUUGCUCAGUGCUGUGGAAGCAAGAACAGCUCUAGAAAAGGAAGCUAAGCUCUUCCGAGAAAGGCUGCUUGCUGCACAGCGAGCCUGGGACGCUUCAAAGCAAGAGCUGACCCAGCUGAGGAAAAGCUGCCAACAGCUGGACCUGAGCUUGACAGCCAGCAGGGAUGCAGCCGCAGCCUUGCAAAGCCAGAACUCCUCCUUCAGGGAGAAGCUCGCUGCACUUCUUUGUGGCAGAUUGGAUAUGGCUGGGUCCACCGAGGGUGCCAUAUUGGAGAGGGUUCGAGAGCUUGGCAUCCAGGAAGAGAGCAAGAAGAGGAUGGUCUCUCAGCUUGAAUCCCAGAUAUCAGACCUUGUCGAACAGUUGGGAAAUGAAGCCGAGCUUCAUCGGAAAGCCAUACAGAGGGCCCAUGAGGCAGAAAGCAAGUUGGAGGUCCUUCAGGGUCAGCUGAGUCACCUGGAGGGAGAGCUGCUUUCUGGAGACAUAGUGAGAGACAACUUGAACCUUGAGAAACAGAAAUAUCUGAAGUUUUUGGAUCAGCUUUCAGAGAAAAUGAAAUUGGGCCAGAUAGCUGCUGAACUUGGCUUUGACAUGCGUCUGGACGUAGUUUUAGCUCGCACGGAGCAGCUAGUCCGCCUCGAAAGCAAUGCUGUCAUUGAAAACAAGACCAUCGCUCACAACUUACAGAGAAAGCUAAAGACUCAGAAAGAAAGGCUGGAGAGCAAAGAAGUGCAUAUGAACCUCCUUCGGCAGAAAAUUACCCAGCUGCAGCAGGAGAAGCAGGCACACACAGCCUUGGCUCUGGAGAGGGAUGAGGCCCAUCUUGUUGUCAGGAAGCUGGAGAAGAAGGUGGAGAGGAUGCAGAAGGAGCUGAGUGCAUGUCGGGAACACAACACUGAGCUCAAAGCCAAGUUGGCUGACACCAACGAACUCAAGAUUAAAACUUUGGAACAGACCAAAGCCAUCGAAGAUUUAAAUAAAGCCCGAGACAAGCUGGAGAAGGUGAAGGAGAAAGCAGAGAAAAAGCUUCUGUCGGUCAAGUCUGAGCUGGAGACUACGGAGCAGGAGGCUAGAGAGCACAAGGAGAGGGCCAGGGCCAUGACAGAGGUGAUCACCAGUGAGCUGAGGACCCUGAAGAAGACUCUGGAAGAAGCUGAGAGGAGAGAACAGCAGCUGGUGGACUUCAGGGAAGUGAUUUCCCAGAUGCUGGGCUUGAACUUGACCUCUCUGGCUCUUCCUGACUAUGAGAUCAUCAAAUGUCUGGAAAGGCUGAUUCACUCCCACCACCCUCACUUCGUUACUUGUGCCUGCCUCAAAGACAUGACUGCUGAGCCAGAGAACUGCUCACCAUGCCACUUAGAUCUUCUGCAUUGAUCGCUUGCCUCCUGGAGAGAGGAACGGAGAGAUGGGGGACAAUUCUCAAGUGGUGCAGCUCAACAGUUCCUCGUAGUUUUGAAAUUUGGCCAGUGUGUGACGAUUAUAGACUUUGGUGACAUGGUGAGAAUAUAUCAUGGGGAAAAAAAGGUUCCCCAAAGUGCCAUCCCUAGGCCAGAGCAAUGGCUCAGCAGGUGAAAGCAUUUGCUACGAAGCCCGACAA